AUGAGGAAUGCACGAGAUCAUCACAAUUUACUAUAUAUUAUAUGCUUCUUAACAGACCUAGAUGCAAAUUUUUUUGUGGUGAAGUCACAAAUCCUCUUAAUGGAGCCUUUACCACCCAUGAACAAGAUCUUUUCCAUGGUGUUGCAACAUGAAAGGAAAGGUAAACUUGCUCCCUCUGAUGAUUCUCAGGCCUUGAUAAAUGUUGCUGGUUUCAAAAGAUCAGGUUCAAAAUUGGGUAAUUCUAAUGUUCAGUAUAAUACAUCCAAGUCCAAAAUAUGCACUCAUUAUGGAAAAACUGGUCACACUAUAGAGGUCACUAUAGGAAACAUGGUUUUCCCCCUCAUAAUGGUAAAGGAUCCAUGGCCAACAAUGCUUCUUCAAAUGAAAAUGAUGAUGAUAACAAUGUCUCCACUCAAUCACAAGUUGAUAAGAAUAGCUCGACUUCAAUCACUCAAGAACAAUUUGACAAAUUGGUGA